AUGAAAGCUUUCCUCUCCUCAGUGGUAUUGGUUUUGUCUCUUUGCAUCUCAGUAGGUAAGUCAGUCAUGUUCAGUGUAUUACUCUGUCAGUUAUUUUUCCUUGUGCGACUCUUGGUCAAAAACGGCCCGGGGUCAACCGCUACUGCGAGCAUAAACGCUGUUAUGCAUGCGUAUUUUAAUUAGAUUUAGCAAGCUUUCAAAGGCUGCUUCUGUGGCAAUUAUCAGCUUGAAAAAUCCUGUUGGUUUCAUUAUUACUCUGAAAGGUUUUCUGUUCUUUCUGCCUCGCAAAAUAAACCCUAAUUCAUAACCCGAAACUGAGACAUUAAGAGAGCGGAUGCCGGUUUAAAUAACUUCUCCGAUGGACGUAUGCAAAGGUAAAAAGUCGAAAAAUCUAAAAAGCAACUCACCUUAUACUUUUUAUUUCAACAUGAUCAUCAUUUGAGACGCGCGAAAAUGUUCUUGGGACUGAGUUUUUCAGUUCCAUCUCCGGGUAGCACGGAUUAAUUAAUUCCUUGAACUGAUAAGAGCAUGACUGCGCGCAUUUUAAGCAGCAAUUUUUUCAUUCUUCAGGAAAUUGUAAUACAAUAGUCGAUUUUUUAUAAUUUCCAAUCUAUAUUGAACACCACUGAAUGAUUUCUUGCGAUUAAUCUUGGUACUCUACUUUGCUUUUGGAUUGUCACAAAAUCGCACAAAACCUUGCGUAAAGGGUAAACAACGUGGCAUAUUUUGUUACAUUCUACAUUAUAACAUAGCACGCGUGCUUGCCCUAGAUAAGUCCUAUUGAGCCGCUAUGAACAAAAUCUUUAUUUACGCACGCCCGUGCAUAAAUAAAUAAAUAAAUACGUGAGCAUUUUUUUUUACCUGGUUGCAAAGUUGUCGUCUUUUGAGCUGCAGUGCAGUUUUCCUUCUCUGUAAAAUAUGGAAGAAACCAGCGAAGAACUGCCCAAUUUUUGUAUCGGCAUUGACCUUUUAGGUCCUGAUCCAACAAGCAGCAAAAAUAAAGUCGAAUUAGAAAAAACUCGCAAGUUGCGCGUUUCGCAAACUUGUCGGAAGACCAGCUGCAGCAAAUUUUGGCUGAAAGGCAUUCACUGGGAACAAAACAGACACCAACUGGUCAUCAACAACAUUUAAAGGUAAAUUUCCGUUUUUAUUGUUGUUUUUAAAUUUGUUAUGCACUUUUGUUAUCUCCGGACAAUCCGACUGAAGUAGGAAAAUUUCUCUCGCAAUAACAACACAAAUUACACAAGAAGACAUAGAUUUAUUAUUCACAAAAACAACUGCUGCCAGGUCUUCUCAAGAAGUCGUAAUGACCAUGGCCAGCCAAUGUCAAUGUUCGUAAAUGAAUAUAAGUUUAAAGAAGGAUGACAGUCGUCUUCGCUAAAAACAUGUUUUCUGGAUUUCGCCGAACAAAACGUAAACAUCUUUUCAGCAAAUCCAAACCAUACUCCACGACUUCUUACGAACAUGUUAGUAUUUCAACUUUAGGUGAACUUCAAGACUCUUUUACUUUUGUUUCUGCUUAUUUUCCGUUGAUCGUUAACGAAUAAAGAAGCAAACUUUCUUUCUCAGUUUUACAGAAAGAAUAUUUUCAUUCAAACUAGACGAUUGUGACGUGUUCGUAAUCAGCCAAUAGAACCGUUUGUUAUUGAGUCGAGCGUUACGAGAAUUUUGCAGUAAAUCAAAAAGCGAGCAUUUUUGUCAGCUAUGUUAUAAAAGAAUUUGCUCAUGCUUUUAGCUGUGCGUAUAUCGAGUUAUGGAUGCACGCGGGAAGUUUGGAGAGCAUUCAAGAAGCUAGAGUUGCACGAGGCAACUCUGACGCAUCUUUCGUGCUCUCCAAACUUCUCGUGUGCAUCCAUAACUCGAUAUACGCACGCUAAGCAUGAACAAAUUCUUAAUUUUCACUUGCCAAGAGCCCGGCAGAAUAAAUAGUCCUCUGAAGUCUGGAAAGGGGGAUUCCUGAUCCCGCAUUCUCGCUUCCUUGUUUAUGAAAAUCUCGCAUCCCGAAGUUAUGUCAUCGCUAUCCCGAAUGUCGUUUUCUUUCCCAAUAUACCACAUUCGUGCCAAAAUUUUGGCGAAUCACGCUUCCUCGGUAACAGUCAAAUCCCGUAUCCUAUUAUUGCUCGAAUCCCGCAUUGUAUUUUGGUCGAAUCCCGCACUGUCUUUUGGUCAAAUCCCGCGGAAUCCCGGGAUCCCGUUCCAGACCUUGGUCCAUGGACAACUUGUCUGUGUAGGACACAAACUGUCUUUUACGUGCUUUUGUUCGAAGUUGAGUUUAACAUAAUGAAUGAGGAAUCACUUCGCUGACGUCAAAGAAGACGAUCUAGCGCAGGAGCCCAUCAUUUAAUGGGCUCCUGUUUAACUCAUAUUCAUGAGAAAUUUAGUUAAUGAAGCUCAAAUGUAACAAAAAUUUUCUACUCUGUUUUGUAGGACGAAGCAUCAAGUGCUACCAAUGUUAUUCACCUCAGAGUUGGGAUGAUUGUGUUCCUGACAACAAUACGGAUUGUUCUCCCGGCCUGGACGGCUGUUAUAAAGUCCAUGUGACAGUAGAGGUGAAAGGCAAAACCGGAAAGUCUUUUUUGAAAGGUUGUAUCGACAAGUCGGUUUGCAACGCAGAUGGUUGUAAGACUGUCGUACCAUUUUUGAAUGUAAAAGUUACCGAAUGUGAAAUCAAGUGCUGCCAUAGUGACCUGUGCAAUGGAGCCAAAGUACCGAUGGUCAGCAGCUUGCUGUUCUUGACAUGCGCCAUUACAGCUUUCCUCCGUUUAAAGGAGUAGUUCUGAAUUCGGACUGACAUGGAAUUACAAUAUUUUGUUUUACAUUUGUCCCACUCUAGUCUGUUUGAAUUGAUUUUGCGAUUUUAUUGCUUUUUGUGUAUGAAAUCAAUUAUUCUUUUUUAGAAAUAAUAAUCAUUUUCUGCAUGUGUCGGCCCAGGAUAAACAAUAAUUAUGGAGCUGCCAAUUUUGCUUUUGCUGGAUCUAAAAUCCGAGAAAACAUGCCCUCUGAAUUUAAAAACCUCUCUUAUAAUAAUCUCUAUAAGCAAUACAAACUUUACCUUUGAAAUACCUCAUAAGUAAUUUGAUUUCUCUGUCCACACUACCAAUAAUCAUUUCUAUUGUUUUUACAUAAAAUCGUAAAUAAGACUUUAUGAGCUUUCCUUUUUCUGCUGUACGUUGCUAGUAGUUUUAUGUAAAUGUCUACGCCAGUUAGUUACAGGUGACAGUGACCAGCUCGAAAGCCUAAGCUCGUUUGGUCGCUGCGCACACUCUUCAUCCUUCAUCAUUUAUGUGAUUUGUUGUUCUAUGUUUUUCUUGCUUUGUAAUGCAUUGCUAUUUUUGAAGUAACCUCAUGCAGGUGCACCCAACAGAAAUUUUUUAGAAAAAAAACUAAAAACAACAACAGAGCAUGAAUAAAACUUUUUGAAGCCAUUUUAGGCAUUUUGGUAGAUCGCUGGGAAAAAAUCUAUCUGUUCCUCACUCCCAGCAACACUGGUGGAACAGUUCCCGGCCAGCAAGGUGCACCCAGAACCUGCAACCUGACUUACUGGGGAAUUUCCCAGCAGACGUAUGACAUUAGUAGCCAGUUUGGGUGUGGUCAUAGGGUAAAAUUCAACCCUUCAGUUUUUUUGGGGGGGGGGGGGAGUGGGGACGGAAAGAGGUUUAAGACAAAUAGCAAAUAGCACAUACCAGCUAUUCUAGAGAUCCAAGCAGGCACCCUGAAUUGUCUAUUUUUCCAGGAACACUUUCCUUCCAAGGGCAUAUCAUUUUUUCUAAAUCUCCCAGCCAGCAAAAAUUUGCCUUACGGACAGACAUUUUGUGGAGCAGAUCCAUUGGGUGCCUCUGCUCUUGUAAUAGUGCAGAAAAAUAAAAAAUAAAAAAAUCUUAAUCUAAAUCUAAUCAUUCUUCAUAGUUAUUACCAAUGAAUUGCUAGUAUUUGAGUCAUAAAGUGCACCUGUACAAAGCCUAAUAAAAUUCAACUAGGUUGAUGAAUUAUUAAACACUAGUAAGAAUAAAAGUUUGAUACAAACUGCUUUUCAACUAAUUAGUUUCAAAAGUACCAUUAAAAACUUGACUUUGCGUCCGAUCUGUAUGGGUGUUUAAAAAGGUUCGCCUUAGCUUCGCCAUUGUAAACGCCCAUACAGAUCUUCUGCUUCUAUUUUAUUUGGUACAUAUUCUUUUGUAUUUUUUUGGUUAUUUGAAAUAUAAUGAAGUUUGUUUUUGUCAGUUGUUCCCUCCUGGGGAUAUUCCCUAUAACGUCCUAUACGAUGGGUUCCGGGCGAAGGGAUACCUUUUUCGAGCUUUAGGUAUAUAUAAGGGUAGGGUUUUCACUUCACGAGUUGAAGUAUAUAAAAGGGCAAGGAAAUCUACCAUUUAGGUAUUUAAAAGGGCCUUUUAAAUGGGGGGUAUACGAAAGGAAACCAUAAGAGUAUUGUUCAGUUCCCCCUCGGUUAUUCCGUAAACUCACCAUAAGAGUAUGGGGUACUAAAACUUUGUUCAGUUCCCUCGAGUUAUUCCGUGAAGGAGUUAGAUCGUAACUGACGAAAAAUUGGAAAACACAUAUAUUCUCCUAGCUGUAUGGUCAGCCUUACUCAAUUAAUCUCACAGGAAUCCAUAACCCUCCUGGACGCAGCAGACUUGACAUCGCAGGUUUGCACUGCACUGAUUUCCGGUACAGAUGUAAGGAUUGUGAUGCAGAGUAUAUUGGUUAAACGGCAAGAAAUCUGGGCACUAGCCGGCUAA